GGAAGGGUCCAAGCUUUUGGCGAUGUGAAAAAGUUACGUCAGCCGAGUCCUCCGACGCAGCACUAGUGCUGCCACUCCAGGCAAUAAUAAUUUGACUACUUGAACCCAUUCUGCUAUGCCUACAGACCUUCCAUACGCUGCUGACGCUGAAGUCUCAUUGUCCUACGACGAGAUAGAGGUCCUUCGGCUACAAUACGAGAAGGAGCUUGGGCAGUCUCACAUCACCGUCCAGACUAAAUUCAACUAUGCAUGGGGGCUAGUGAAGAGCCCAGUACGCGAAAACCAGGUUGAGGGCGUGCGACUGCUGCAAGAAAUAUACCGAACAGAGCCGUCAAGACGGCGAGAGUGCUUGUACUACUUAGCACUCGGAUACUAUAAGAUGGGCAACUUCACAGAUGCAAGAAGCUUCAACGACCUCCUGCUUUCACGGGAGCCCACCAAUCUGCAGGCACAAAGUCUAGCAUCACUGAUAGACAAAGGUGUUACGCGAGAGGGAUACGUGGGUAUGGCACUUGCUGGCGGUGUAGCCGCAGUCGGCACCCUCGUCAUCGCGGGUCUCAUACGGCGAGCAACCCGCAAAUAAUUCGAAAUGAAGAACUCUGACACGCCUUUCUAUUUACACUAUUGCACCGUCACCCUUGCUGUCUCCACCAUGCAUUAUUCUAUAUCACGAUUAUCCCUUUGCGCAAUACACUAUUUCGUAAAUAUCGGUCACUGGGUUCGUAUGUACAGUAGCCGUUGAGUAUUCUGGACACAAUGCGAUAUAUGCCAAAUAUAUACUGCUUUCCCUACUCCUAUAAAACCUACAAGGCGC